AAGGAUUAGCUCUGCAAAGCGAGCUGACAUGUUCUGGCGUUUCUCUCGCUAUGUCCGCCCCGUGGCCGGAAGGAAACAGCGGAUUCAAUGAUCAUCGCGGACAUGAUGGCUUUUGCAAUUGAUAACCCUGCUCCAGCGGUGGUCGUGUUGAUUUCCGGUGAUGGCGACUUUUCCUACGCCUUGUCGCUACUGAACGGUCGGCAGUACACCAUCGUGCUCUGCGUCAACAUCGAUAGCGCUCCGGUCGUGCUCACCAGUGCCGCAUCCCACGUUCUGAACUGGAGAUUGGACGCCCUGAGUCUGACCGCCGGCCCCACCGAAGUCAAGGCCGUCACUUCUGUCGCGGACACAGGAUCUGGAUCCGCAGCCUCCACACCAUCAAGAUCACGGACAGCUUUGCUCCGCCCGUCCGAGUUCCCAACGGUCCCCGCAUCCUCACCACCAACUCCCGCAACGUCGUCGGGGACAGACACCCCCCCAGCUUCUCUCAUCAAGCUUCCAACCUCCGCCACGACUAUCACCACCCCGACAAGCUCGACAAGUACCACCACGAAACGAAUCCCGGAACAAUACCUCGACCUAAUCACCGUGCUGCGCGCCCGAGCCCGCGAAGGCCAGAACAAGCCGCUGCGCAGCCAAGUCGGGGUGGCUCUCACCCUCUGCAACCCGAUGCUGUACCAACGCGCCUUGGGGCCCGCCAAUUUCGCACAGUAUAGCAAGGAGGCCGAGGCGCUGGGGUUGGUGGUGUUGGGUGGGGAGUCGGGGACGGCGUGGAUUGCGUUGGGGGCGGACUAUGCUUUGUGAGGGGGGAGGGAGUAGAGUUAGGCCGUAUUGCAUUUAGGUAGUCUCCUUUUGGGCGAGAGGUGGUAUGAUAGUAUAGCGACGGUGGGUGGGGUUGAGACUAUGCCGGCAUUGUAUGUAGGUACAUCCGGAAUUUAGUUCGUUCUCCUUCCUCUCUUUCCGUGACGAGAACCGACAAUCGGCCAUAAAUAAAUGAAUCCUA